AUGGCAUCUUCGAUGAUGGAAUUCGAAUUGAUUUUAAAUGUAAUGAGUGAUGUUACUGAAAAGAAUCUAUUAAUAAUCUUCAAUAAAUAAGACAGACACAAUGAAAUCACUGAUAAACAAUUUAUAGAGGGAUUUUUCAAUCUUGAUGAGCUACUUGAAUAGUACCCCAAUCUUAAUGUUAUAUACGCCUCAGCGUUAAAGGGACUUAAUUGCUAAGAAAUAUAUACUUGGGUGACCAAUGUCUUGACAGGUAAAAUAAUCACACAGGUUAAAAAGAAAAAAACUUAAUGUGGUUGCUUUUUCUGA